AUGUCCACACAAGACCAAAUCAUCGAACACAUCGUUCUCUUCAAUGUCAAACCCGAUGUUGACCCUACCAAAGUCGCGGCCAUGAUUGAUGGACUCAACAGGAUGGCUUCGCUCGACCUCUCAAUCCAUGUCAGUGCCGGAGAACUCCUCAGCAGAUCUCGAUCGGAUUCAGAUUCACUCACCUUCAGUCACAUCAUGCAUACCCGUUUCACAUCAAACGACAAUCUCCAGGUCUACUACACUCAUCCCGAACACUUGCGCAUGGUCUCUGAGAAUAUACAUCCGAUAAUUGAUGACAUAAUGAUUGUUGACUGGAUAUCUAACAAUAUCAGUCAUGAGGCUCCGAAGCCAGGAUCAGUGAUGAGAGUUACGUUGUUGAAGUUGAAGGAGGAUUUGUUGGAGAAUGAGAAAAGUAAGUUUUUCGAAAUGAUGGAAGGAAUUAAAAAUCAGUUUAAAGCGAUUGAACAAGUAAGUUUUGGUGAGAAUUUCCAUGCUAUGGCGAAGGGGUACUCGAUCUCUUCGAUCGUUGUUUUUUCUGGGUUUUCCUACUUGGAAGCGUUCGAUUCAGAUGCAGGGAUUGUGAACUCGAUUAAAGAGAAAGUGAAGGAUUCAGUAGAGACCGAGCUCGUGGUUGACUAUAUGAUUCCGCUGCCGAAGGUUAGUGAUGAUUGA